AUGGAGACCAGGGAACUUGUUGACAUUGAGGAAUUGCUCCCACCCAAACCCCGGGCACCGAAGCCAAGUGACUGUUGUGGAAGUGGGUGUUGUCCGUGUGUACAUGAUAUAUAUGAACAAGACUUGAAAACUUGGAAAAAGGAGUGUGAACUUAUUCGAAAUGGUGGCAGAGAAGAGGAACCACAUGCCAUUAGUGCAGUUCAACCAGAAAAAUGGAAGGAGUUUGAAAUUAUAAAAAUAAAUGAUAUUAACAACAACACUUACCUUUACACCUUUAAGCUAAAUGAUGAUGAACAUUUAGGAUUAAACAUUGGACAUCAUUUGAUAGUUAAACAAAGAAUAAAUGGGAAGGCAGUUACAAGGCAAUACACACCCGUCUCUGCCAUAAACAAAAGAGGAUCAUUUGAAGUUCUUAUUAAAAUUUAUCCUACAGGAAAAAUUACUCCAAUAAUUAAAGAAUGGAAAGUAGGAGAUUUGAUACCUUGGAGAGGACCUUUUGGCAGCUUCACAUACAAAAUCAACAGUUAUAAGCGCAUCCUUAUGUUAGCAGCGGGCACUGGCAUUGCACCCAUGUAUCAGAUCAUAAAAUCAAUUCUUGAAAAUGAAGAUGAUGAGACAUUCGUCAGGUUGUACUACGCUUCCAAAAGUUUUUCUAAUAUUUUGCUUCGAGAUGAAUUAUCCAACUAUUGUCAGUUCUGGAAUUUUACAAUGUGUCAUUACUUGAGUGGGGAGGUUGAUAUGGGUCAAAAAAGGUACAGGGAAGAAGCAAUGGACAGGAGAAUGGCAAAGGAUGAUAUCCGGCAGGAACUGGUGAAGGGCCAAGUAGACUCGACCUUAGUACUUGUAUGUGGAACUAAGUCAUUUGAUAAAGAUAUGGUGAACGCUGCCAAAGAUGCCAAUAUUCCCAACCAAAAUAUUUUUAAAUUUUGAAAGAUAUAUAUUAUAUACACGUAAUAUUUUUUACUCCAUUGUGUAUUUCCAGAGCUGCAAGUAUGAGUAUACUGUACACCUACAUGAAAGUUUUAAAACUCGUCAGAUUCGGUCAUUAAUUUUAUAAUAAAUUCAUGGUAGAACCUCAGAAAUCAGAUUUCUAGGAGUUGCAGAAAAUUAUCACUUCUGAAAAUAAUUCAUAACAUACAAAAAUAUUAAUUGUACUCUCUGGAGAGCAGAUAAUGCCAUUAAGUGAACAUGCAGCCACCUGCAGUCAUGCCUGAGCCCAUAGUGUAAAUAAUUAUUAGUGGAUUCAUAUGAGGCAGAGCUUGUUCUAUGACUUACGGUCGUGUGAAUGGCUAACAUUACUGUACAGUACAUGAAAUUAAUUUUGACUAUUUUUAUGAUUAUUUAAAAUGUGAGAUACGUUUCAAAUACAAAAUCUAAAGAGUGAGCUAAAUAAAAUUGUCAAACAUAAGCGAAAUAAAAUAUUAAAAGUGGCAUCCGCAUAGUGAUGGGGUUAAUGGUUGUGCACCAUCGAACUGGACCUUAUUUUACCCCAUAAUCCUCGAUAAAGAAAUACCUCGUGCUUUCAAAUGGGGAAAUGCCAUUGGUAGAAUGACCUUGUUGAGAAAACUAGAAGAUUCACAGGUCUGGCACACACUUCAUUCAAAUAGUUACAGAUCUCUGAGGUUGUACUUUAAUUCAUCAAAUGCUAAUUUCUUGUAACUUGCAGUUCCUAAUAUUUAAAGGAUUGUGUGUUUAGUGAGACAGUAUAGAUGUUUGCCAAAGCAACUUUAUAAUGUGCUUGUUACCUUAUGGGACUCUGUGUGUCAGGUGCAAGGUUUGUAUUACUAAUUUAAUGAAUUCAUUAAUGUUAAUGUAUGUGCUCUGACCUAAUGAGGUUACAAUAUUUGACUUGUAUUUUUCUUAUAUCAGUGACAAGUUAACCUUAAUUGUACAGUAUUUUAAAUCGAGAAAUCUUGCUAAGGAAUCUUGACAAUUCUUAUUGUGUAUAAGAAAAUUAUCAGCACCUAAUUUGUCAGGAUUUAUUGUUCCAGCUUGUCGAAGGCUCAUACUAUGGCAGUGAUGGUGCUCAUUGUGGAUUCACAUUUACACUGAGACUAUUUAACAAUUUUAGAUUUAAGUAAGAAGCUUUGAAAAUCUGGGACUUUAGUUUCUAUUGUAAUGUUCACCAUUUGUCAUCUUAAAUACCUGUACAAUACAUUUGAAGAACAUUUAUAAAGAAUACACUUUAAGAA